AUGGUUCAUUUUACUUUCGUUUCUACAUUUGGGUUUUUGUUUGCAACUACUGCCAUUGCCGCCCAAACCCCUGAAAAAUUUAUGGUGGCAUUUUCGCAAAAUUCAAAUCCCAAACACGAUGAUUUAUCCAUCGUAAAUUCAUGGGAACGUACUUUCAACAAUGUUAGAUCUAACCCCGUAUGGAAAAAAACUGGAUAUACUGGAUGGCUUAAAAAUGAGGGCGACAAUUGGGGAUGGAUUUCCGGAGAUCCCACCAAAAAAAUGGAUUACGCCGGGGUAUCGAAGAUUUUAAAGGAUAUUGGAUAUCAACAAGGUACGCUCGAUUCGGGUGAUAUACGGUGGGGGCCUGCAUAG